UUGUGUGUGUGUGAGAGAGAGGAAAGCUAGUGACGUGGUUGUGUGUGAGACCAGAGUAAGCAGGACGGAGACCAUGUGAACUGCAGGUUGUCCCCUGAAGGCUUGCAGAUAGAGCCUCUUUUAGGUUGUGGAGUGUGCUUGCAUGAGCAAGGCAGAGAUGAGGGCGCAGUGAGCCAUGUUAUGGGUGAGAGAAUAAGAUUGGGGGUGUGUGUGUGAUAUUUGUGUAUCACCAUGUGUGUGUACAUGGGCCUCCGAGACCAUGGUGUAUGUGACUGCAUAUGAUGUUGCUUCCUUUGGGUGCUUGGGAUUAUGUCCUCUGUGGUCAGGAAGUCGGUGAGAUCUUGGGUCAGUGUUUGCGUGUCACACUGUGUGCUUGUCGCUGGCCCGGAGUGACUGAUGUGUAUGGGGAGACUACUUGGAAGAACACCAGCUUCUUGAUGUGUGUUGCUUUUGGGUAUUGUGUGCUGCUGAGGAUACUGCUGUUCUCCAAGAGAAGCCAGGAAGGAAAGGUGGAAAUGACUGUUGAACUAGUGAAAGCCAUAUCCCAGGACUUGGUGACAUUCAAGGAUGUGGCAAUAGACUUUUCCCAGGAGGAAUGGGAAUGGCUGAACCCUGCUCAGAGGAAUUUGUACAAGAAUAUGAUGUUGGAGAACUAUCAGAAUCUGGUAUCACUGGGUCUUUGCAUCUCUAAGCCAUAUAUGAUCUCCUUAUUGGAGCAAGGGAAAGAGCCUUGGGAGAUGAAGACAGAGAUGACAAGAAGCCCAUUCCCAGAUUUGGGAUCUAUAUAUGAGACACAAGAAUUAUCUCUGAAGCACUUCAUGUAUGAUGAUGUGUUAAUGGAGAGAAUUGCAGGCUAUGGACUUGAGUUUUCCACUUACAGAGAAAAUUGGAAAUGUGAAGAUCUUUUUGAGAGGGAGUUGGUAAGUCAAGAGGCAUUUAUCAGGCAAGAAGUAACCACUCAUAAGAAAACCCUUACUAAGGAAAUAGAUCACAACUAUAACAAAUCUGGGAAAUUUGUCCAUCUAGACAAUAUAGAAGAAAAUGUUUAUAAUCACAAGUCAGGUAAAAAAAGCUUUUCCCAAAAUUCCACGGUAGUAAAACACAAAGUCUAUGCAGGAAAGAAACUUUUUAAAUGUCAUGAAUGUGAGAAAAUGUUUACCCACAGCUCCUCCCUUACUGUUCAUCAGAGAAUUCAUACUGGUGAAAAACCGUAUACAUGUAAAGAAUGUGGGAAGGCCUUUAACCAGAGUCAGCACCUUGUUCAACAUCACAGAAUACAUACUGGAGAGAAGCUCUUUGAAUGUAAAGAAUGUAGGAAAGCCUUCAGCCAAAAUGUGCACCUUAUUCAACAUCAAAGAAUUCAUACUGGAGAAAAACCGUAUAAGUGUAUGGAAUGUAGAAAAGCCUUCAGCCAACCUGCCCACCUUGCUCAGCACCAGAGAAUUCAUACUGGGGAGAAGCCCUAUCAAUGUAAGGAAUGUGGGAAAGCCUUCAGUGACGGCUCAUCCUUUGCUAGACAUCAAAGAUGUCACACUGACAAAAGACCCUAUGAAUGUAUCGAAUGUGAGAAAGCCUUCAGGCAGAACACAUCCCUUAUUCGUCACUGGAGGUAUUAUCAUACUGGAGAGAAACCUUUUGAUUGCAUCGAUUGUGGGAAAGCUUUCAGUGAUCACAUAGGCCUUAUUCAGCAUAGGAGAAUUCAUACUGGAGAGAAACCAUAUAAAUGUAAAGUGUGUGGGAAAACCUUCAGUUAUGGCUCAUCCCUUACCGUCCAUCAGAGAAUUCACACAGGAGAGAAACCUUAUGAAUGUGUUGUCUGUGGGAAGGCCUUCAGCCAUCAUGCUUCACUCACACAACAUCAAAGAGUGCAUUCUGGAGAGAAACCUUAUGAAUGCAAGGAAUGUGGGAAAGCCUUUAGACAGAGUAUACACCUUGCCAUUCAUUUGAGAAUUCAUACUGGUGAAAAACCGUACAAAUGUAAAGAAUGUGGAAAAGCUUUUAGCAUAAGUUCACAGCUGGCUACUCAUCAGAGAAUUCAUACUGGAGAGAAACCUUAUGAAUGUAAGGAAUGUGGUAAAGCUUUCAACCAGAGGGCACACCUUGCCCAACAUCAUAAAAUUCAUACAGGAGAGAAACCUUAUGAGUGUAAUGAAUGUGGUAAAGCCUUCAGCCAGACUACCCGCCUUAUUCAACAUCAGAGAGUUCAUACUGGAGAGAAACCCUAUAAAUGUAGCGAAUGUGGAAAGGCUUUUAGCGAUAGCUCAUCCCGUUCUCAGCAUCGGAGACUCCAUACCGGCCAAAGGCCCUAUGAAUGUGUUGAAUGUGAGAAGGCAUUUAGAACAAAAUCAUCUCUUAUUUGUCAUCAAAGAUGUCAUACUGGGGAGAAACCUUAUGAAUGUAGUGUGUGUGGUAAAGCCUUUAGCCAUCGUCAAUCCCUUACAGUUCAUCAGAGAAUUCAUUCUGGAGAAAAGCCUUAUGAAUGUCAGGAAUGUGGGAAAACCUUUAGCCAGAUUGGACACCUUAAUCUACAUAGAAGAAUUCAUACUGGAGAGAGAUCUUAUGAAUGUAAAGAAUGUGGAAAAGUCUUCAGACAAAGUGCACACCUUACUCAUCAUCAGAAAGUUCAUGCUGCAGAGUCAUCUCAGGCAUUUAGCUCUUCCUCACCCCAUAUGUCAUCAAGCCCCAUGGAUAUAUCUGCUAGAUAUUUUUGGAAUUCGUCCACUUCUUUCAGUUCUCAUUGUCCUACUCCAAAACACAGUCAUUUCACCUGGACUGUUCCAAUAUAAAAACUGGUCUUACAUCCUGUUUUAUUUCCUUCAAGUUCUUUCUUCACACUACUGCCGUGGUGGUCUUUUAAACAUGUAAAUGUAACUAAACUACUCUCUCAAAACCCUGGUUAUGAAAAUUUAAACUAUUUGAUGCAUAUAAAGUGCUUAGCAAUAGUGCCUGACCCAGACUAAGUGCUUGGUAAAUGUUAAGUCAGUAUCAUUCAGAGUCUGUUUAAAAAUUAUGUUUAAAGAGUGAACUCUGGAAAGCAGUAUAUCAGUACUAGGAGAUUAUAAUAAUUUUGGAACUGAAACUGCAUCUUAAGGUGGAUAAUGAGGAUUAGCAUGUGUAGUAUUUUUAAGUUUGACAUCAGAGUAACAUAGUGGCUUUCUCAUGACUCCACGGCUGUAUGCCUUUGUAGGUGCAGAAAUUUAGUGUAAACCUGGUACAUAGAAUAUGUUUUAGGAAGUGCCUAGAGCUCUGGAUAAGACUGAAACAAAAGAAUUAGAAUUUACCCAGGAAUGUAAGAGUAUAGCUAAUCAAGGCAAAAAAAGAAAAAUUCCUUAAUAUUUAAAACUGAAGCAAUAGAGAACUUGAAGAGUCUAGCCAUAUUUUAAACUGUUUUAGAGUAUAGAAAAAAAAUAAAACAUAAUACUGUAAAGUAUUUGGAAUACUUCUUUCAUGAGGCUCAUUCAGUUCUGAUAUCAACCCCCUCAAAAUGAAAUGAUAGAUUAAUUUACUUAUGGUUCUAUAUGGAAAGGAAAUCAUUAAUCUCUAUUGAAAGAGAAUAGAGGUUCUGAAUAAAUGGAGAUUCAUACAUGUUUGUAGAUGGAAGUUUCGAUACUGUAAAGAUGUCUACAUUUACUCAG